AUGACGCAAAUACGAGGUUUAAUUUUCUUACUGACCUUUGUAAAAUUGAACUCUGCGACAACCUAUUCAUGUAAUUCAAAUUCUUCUUGUGGUUGCUCAACUAGUGCGGCAACAUUGUCACGUAUUGUGGGCGGAGAGACAGCUGCUUCGCAGACUUGGGGAUGGGCUGUGUCGCUGCGUCUUGGAAAUGCAUUAUGUGGCGGAUCAAUCAUUGCAGCUUCGUGGAUAGUCACAGCUGCUCAUUGCGUCUCGGGAGUGACCGCCAGUCAAGUCACUGUUUACGCUGGUUCUAAUUUACUAUUGACAGCCAGUCAGACCCGAUCAGUGUCAACAAUUAUUGCAGAUUCAAGCUACAGUUCAUCCACCUAUGUUAAUGACAUCGCACUACUUCAAUUGUCAUUUCCUUUAGAUAUGACUGAUCCACGCAUCAGUGCCAUUUGUAUUCCAUUGGUUAGUGCUAGCACAUUGUCAGUUGGUGAAUGGCCUUCAGCUGGAACAACAGUAGUAGCUGUAGGUUGGGGACGAUUAUCUGAAGGUGGAUCUAUUUCAUCGACACUUCAACAAGUCACACUGCAAACAGUCGAUCGACAGUCACCAACAUGUACUCCUUUGAUGAACAAUUGGUUGUAUCAAUUUUGUGCUGCUGCUCAUUGCAAAGGUAAAUGCCCUGCAUUAUGUUUGAUUAAUUUGGAAUGCGGUGUUUUUCAUUUUGCUAUGCUAGAUACAUGUCAAGGCGAUUCGGGUGGUCCUCUGAUGGCUUUUACAACGAGCAAUCAGUGGGUUUUAGUAGGUGCAACAAGCAAUGGCAUCGGAUGCGCUGAAGCGAAUUCUGCUGGCAUAUACACGCGCAUAGCAGCUUAUCAAAGCUGGAUCAAUACGAACACGGGCAGUCAAUUCACAAAUCCAAUAUCAUCAACUUUGAGUUCAUCAACGACAGAAUUCAACUCAACAGUCACAUGUACAGCAACGGUUCUCCAUGGACCUGGUCGAUGUUUUACAUUGACCACUAUUCUCUUAUUUUGUAACACCCUCAAGUCAAUCUAA